AUGCCACUGUGGCUGUUCAACUGGUUCCUGAACAUUCCGCCUCUCUUUAUCGCCUGUCCAUCCGUCCCUACUGUUAUCUGCACUGUUGUCGCAUGUGCGACCGCCCCUGAACUUGCGCCCAGAUUUUACAAGAUCUUCUACGCGAUGCCGUCCUACAACGGCUACCGAAUCUUUCAGUACGUAGUCACUGGUGCUUAUCCGCACAACGGUAAGCACACCGGAAUUCUUAUUGCAGAGAUUGUGGCGAUGAUACUGCUCAUGACUGCCGGUGUCUGGUUCCGCCAGCUCUUUGUCCUGCGUGGCAUCGCCGACUCGCAUGGUUUGGUUCCGCGGGGAGACCUAUUUCCACUCGGAGAUUCCGUAUUACAAGGACGUUGCUGUGCAGCAGUAUGGUGA